UGCGUAGUCACACGGUUCCUGUGACAUCACACGUCCUGUAGCUGUGGGCGGAACUGGCUGCUUCCAUAAGAUGACAUCCAGGGCAAAGAAACGUAUUGUUCUCCCUUCUCGUCCAGAGCCCCCUAGUAUUGAGCAAAUUUUGGAGGAUGUCCGUGGCUCUAUUUCUUCUGACCCAGUGUUUACCUGUGAUCUUAAUAACGAGCAAUUACUUUCUACAUAUGACACGGUCAAUGAAAGGGAGAAGCAAUAUGUGCAGAGCUGCUCUUAUGUUGAAAUGAACAGUAAAUUAAAGGAAGCUCAGGCCCAACUGAAAGUAAAGUGUGAUUCUUUGAGAUGUGCUGGGGAAAAGUUGGAAGGCGUUAUUGAGGAUUUGAAAGUUGCCACCAUGUGAAUCUAUCCAACUCUAUACUAUUGAAGUAUUUAUUCUCCUUUCAGGAUCUCAUGUUUUCACUAAAACACCUUGUUGGAGCUACAAAUAUUUUGGACAUUUGACUUGCAAAGAGAACACAGACAUUUAGGAAUAAUUCUGUAAAAAAAUAUUUUUUGAAGACGGUUUGAAACAUGCUUAUUGGUGGGUUCGGGGAUUUUCUCUUAUGUGUAAUUAAUGGGAGCUGUGUGAGCUUUAUAUUUCAAUGUAGGAUAUGUGUGCACCCCCACAUAUGUAUGAUUUCUCUUUAUGGUACCACACAGAGGACUCACAUGUCGCAUCUAUCAUUGCCACUAUGUUGGAUGAGAAAGGUUACCAAGGCUAUGUUGAACAUCGAGAUGCAGUAGCUGGUUUGCAGGCCAUUUCUGUUACCUCUGAGGUAAUUCAGUCCAGCAGAGUGUCCUUCAUUCUCCUUUCUCCUCACUCUAUCAAAGACCGUUGGUAUGAAUUGGUGUCAGAAUGUUGUUUGGUAAAUGCUAUAGAAAACGAAAGAGCUGGCAAGGUAAUACCAGUUUAUGUGGAUAUUAAAGAGGAGCAGAGACCACAAACCUUACAGAAUCUGACGAGUCUUAGCUACAAUAGCAAAUAUUUUCAGAAGAAACUUUUUGAUAGUUUGAAGUCUGUUAUGCUUCAUUGACCAAAUCAUUUGAAUGGCUCUUCUAUUUCAUUUGCUUCUUCAUAUACACAGACAUCAUCAGGAAAAAGUAAAGUUCUAUUAAGUUAAAUAGUUUGAUGCAGCCUUAUUUGUUAAUUAAGCAAAAAAAAAAGAUAGUUUGUGCUACAAUAUUACUUAAAACGUGGACAACACAAUAAAAGUUAUAAAAUUUUA